UGUGUAGCAACCUUUAAGUUAAAAAACGAGGAAUGACGCUCCAACACAUGAUAAAUAUGUGUCAAGUGUGGCAGACGCAUGUUUUGGUUGCAUAUUGUUGAUUUUAGUUAUGCUGCUUCCGAGUUGAAUGUGGUAUGUUUUAACAAUUUUAAUUAGCAGAUAACCUCAAAAUGGAUAAAACUUUGGUAAUACAAAUAUGGCUAUUACUUGUGACAGUGAUAUGUGUGAACUUUUCUCAUACUGCCACUUUGAACUUAAAAAAGUAUGAGAGGUUUAUCGGCGAGCAGGGCUUGUACUCCCAAAUAGACGACGUGGAAAUCCUCACAGUUGAAAAUUUUAAAAAUGCUAUUUUCAAUAGCGAUAAGGCAUGGCUCGUUGAGUUUUACAACAGCUGGUGUGGUUUUUGUCGGCGAUUCGCGCCCUCAUGGAAAGAUUUCGCUACCAACAUCCGCGGAUGGCGAGAUUUGGUGGUGGUGGCCGCAAUAGAUUGCAAUAACGACGAAAACCACCCUCUCUGUCGAGAAUACGAAAUAAUGGGUUAUCCCACCCUGCGCUAUUAUCCCGAAAAAUUCAACGAGGAAAAAAAUUUCGGUGCCAAUAUGCCGCGGGGGAUUACUGCUGACGACCAUAGACACGACUUGCUUGACAAAAUGAUCCAAGAGCAACAAAAUGGCAGAGGUAAACAAUUUCCAAAUCUACUUCCUUAUGGUUCCACAGAUGUUUUGAAUGUCUUCCAAGAUACUUCAGAUGAUGUUCAGUUUGCCUUGCUGAUUGUUCAAGAACCGCAGACUUAUGAUGGGCCUGAAGUAGCCUUGGAUAUGCAUAGAACUUCAAGCAUCGUAGUCCGAUACGCAUUUAGUAAUAAUUCAGAUUUAGUUGCAAUGCUUAGGGUUGGGAUUUUUCCGUCUGCAUACAUCAUAGCUAGAGAUGGCAAUUACAAUAUUGAAAAUAUUACUCCGGAAGCGCCCAAUCGGAUUGGAAUUAAAGAAUCUACCAUUAAAUAUCUCAAAGAUAAGCAUGUAUCUCUGGGACUAGAAUUACCAGACAAGAACAUUGAGGAUAGUUCUCAGCAAGAGAGACAUACUGAAUAUGAUUCUCUAACAGAAAAAGUCAAAAAGAUGGGAGAUGUUGUUUUCCAAGUGGAUUUGGAGACAGCAGUGAGAUACUCAUUGAAACGAGAAGUGGGUGGUGUUAAAGAAAUUACAGGGGACAGACUUGAAGCCUUAAACAGGUACUUGGAUAUACUUGCAAAAUAUUUUCCAUUUGGGAAAAACGGAAAAAUUUUUUUGAAUAAUUUACGUAACUACGCCCAAAGCUCUGGAAGAGUGCAAGGGAGGGAAUUCUUCGAUAUGGUUAAAAAAGCAGAAAAUGAUGAAACUGUGUUUUCUUCGGGUGCAAAUUGGUUAGGUUGUCAUGGUAGUAGCAAACAGUAUAGAGGAUACCCGUGCGGCCUAUGGAAGCUGUUUCAUUAUUUGACAGUUAACGCAGCUUUGGAUUUGGAUUCUAGAGGGGAUAACCCCAGAAUUAUUCUUGAGGGAAUGCAUGGCUACAUCAAAAACUUUUUCGGAUGUGCCGAUUGUAGCCAGCAUUUUCAAGAGAUGGCCUCGCGCAGGGAAUUAAAUAAAGUGAGCUCUUUUAACGAUUCAAUCCUAUGGCUUUGGAAUGCACAUAAUGAAGUAAACAAGCGACUGUCCGGGGACCUGACUGAAGAUCCGGAGUUUCCAAAAAUUCAAUUCCCAUCAAAAGACAACUGUCCCAAGUGUCACAAUGUUGAGGAAACCUGGAGCAUCCCUGAAGUGCUCAUUUACUUAAAGCACACAUACAAUAACAUAAAUAUAAACUACAUGGGCGCAGAUAUGAAAAUCAUUCAUUUAGAUUUCGAAGGUCAGCGUUCUCAUGCGUCAGAUGGCAUUUUCAAGACAGUCGAUACAACCGAGGUACCGAAGAAAGAUGUACAGGUACAAGCACGACCUACUAGGGAAAGUAUAAUGCCGGCAGAAUUGACAAUCUCGUCUGGAGCAACGAAACUGCCAGUAAAAGAUAAGGCAUCACAUUUAUUCGCUCUGUUGUGUUUAUUAAUCACAUCGCUUGGACACAUCGCUUCUGAUUCAAGUUACUUUUGGUAGAGAUACAGCAUGACAAUUUCAGUUGAUACAAGUGUUUGUCACUAAUCAGCAUUUAAGUUCAGGAUUUCUUUUACCUUCCACCGUAACACUGACUAACACAUUAAUUUGUUUUUUAACCGCACGUAAAUUAAAAUAAUAAUAGGCUGUGGCUUCAGAGACUUACUUGUUGUUCAAGGUUGUGUAAAGCAUGAAUAUCUGGUUUCUGAAUAACCGGAAUAUCCUUUCCAUUAAUUAAAUGACAUCUAUAUUAAAUGACGGGUGGCUACAAAGGAUUUAAGAGAUACGGUGUGAAAAGUUCAGUUCAGUUAACUUUUUAUCGAUUAGUUUUGUAUUAACCUGCGUUGUUUCAAAAAUAUUUGAAAGGAAAUAACCAUUUUGCAGUACUGUUUUAUUGUUAUAUUUGUCGUGAUACGAGUUAAUUCUAGCAGCCAUUGCUGAGAUAUCUUCACGUAAUAGAUUUCUUACCCAAACAUACAUCACCAUAAAACCAAAACCAAUGUGAAGUUUCAAAUUUAUUUAACAAAAUUAUCACCAUCAAAACAUUAAAAUAAUUUGCAAAUCACUGUCAAAAUUAUCACACCAGUAAUUUUUGUUUCCAUAAAAAUAUCUGGUCGUUUCGACUCAGAUUCAUCCGUUGUCAUGGUGAUCUGUCACCGCUUUUUUGGUUAAAAACGGCAGGUGCGGAAUUUUCACAGAAAUGAUGUAUGGAAAAGUUGAGCCAAACUGAACUUUUGACACUCAUAUCAUAUCAAUUCGGACUGGGUCCUUAUGUUUUGCUCCCAGGAAUUUAUGGUAUAAUUUUUUCGCGCAGCUUUUAGACACACUCGGUACUGUGAUCUUGUCUUUUAUAGGUAUAUUUUUGUUAAUGUUACUAAAUACAAUGGUAAAAGACCUUCCAAAAUAUUUUUUCCAGGUUGUUUAAAUAAAUGUCGGUUCGCACAUAAACUAUACUUUAGAUUGUUACAAUAUUAAAAUGUCUGUUUACAUUUUCACACACAACUUGCUUGGGCGUUUAUGGUUUCAGGAACCUAUUUAAAAAAUAUAUUCUAAUAAUUGGCCUUUUUACAAAAAAUCUUUCAGGGAAUAAUGCGAUCGGCGAGAUUUUAAUCAAGACUUUUUUUUGGAUUGGGUUUUCUAAGAAAAUAUGUUGCGUGUAGUUCGGUGAUAUUACUCUGUAUAAAUUGGAAAUUAUUUUGUGUAAUUAUGAUGUAAUUAUUGUUAAUAUUUAUACAUUUUAUUAAAAU